GUUAUAUUCCGCUCACGUUGCGCUGGGAUCAGUCCAGGUUCAGUUAACAGACGGACACACGUGCACAGUGCUCCGGGCACGUACAGCGGUACAGCACAGGUGUGAAGAGUACUGAGUAAGGUGUGAAAUCUUCGACCAACAUGGCGGCUACCCUGAAACAAGUGGUGCAUGACUGCAAAGUGCCUGGAGAGUUCCUGUCCGAUGGCGCUGAGGUGUUUCUGACCCACACCGAGGACAUGCCCGUUUCUGCCGAGGUCUACUGGUCCGCCUUCCGGGACUUCGUGGAACUGCAGUUGCACAUGGAGGGGCAUGAGAACCUGCGAGUCCUGAAAGGUUUAGGAGAGGUGGGCACGGUGGUGUCUUUCUACUACGACCCGACAGACCUGGCCGAGGGGCAGCGGGAGAUGAAGCUGGUGGAGAAGGACGAUUCCACUCGCACAUGGAGGGUCCAGGAGGCGGAGCCGAACGAUCUGUACAAGAGCUACGAGAUGACCAUCAAGGUUCAACAGGCUGAGGUUGUCCAAGGAACCUCCACAGCAAAGGUGACCAUAUCUGUGCGCUUCGUGUCCGCCAUUAAAGACAAGAAGAAACGUCGUGAGGACAUUGCCUACCACAUGGUUCACCUGUUGGGAGCUCGCAUCCGGGACAUUCUGAACUUCGUCGUCCGUGAGAAGUUGGGAGGGAAGCACCGCUUCGACCUUGACAUCGGCUGUUCUCGCGAGAAAAUGUGGGACAUUGUGGGCAACUUCAAUGACGUCACUUGGAUACGUGAGGCAACGGGCACCGUUGUCAAUGGGAUCCGUCGGACGAUCUACUUUACCAAGGACCGUUCUCUGGAGGUCCGUCUGGCCUGGGCUGACACCAGUGACUACCUGUUCGUGUAUGAGGGAGACAACAGUCCGGACUUCCUGCACUGCAAGUACUACAGGGGCAGGAUCCAGUUCUUCGCUGUGAACCCCAACAGGGUCCGUGUGACGUAUGACUGCUCCUUCAUCCCUGCAAACGACAGUCCCAUGGAAGAGUUCAAGAAAUGGUUCGUCGGAGCUCUCAGCAGCCGGAUCGCGUGGCUCGAGUCAACCUUCAGCGAGCCAAAGCCAACCGAGGAAGGUCCAGCCGCAUCUGCGGGACCUCCGGCCUUCAAGAAGGGCGCGUACUUCACCACUGCCCGCGGGGUCGUAAGGGGGCCUGUGGAGGAGGUCUGGAAGGUCUUCCGGCCUUUUGGACGCGAGUGUACGGAGUACUGGAAGAUCUAUGACAGUAUGGAGAUCGAGGCACCCGGAAAUGACGUGCAAGGCUGCAUCCGGCUGUUCAAGACACUGAAGACGAAGAGGACAAUCCGGGAGCGGCUGGAGUGGAGGGAUGACGAAAAUCACGUCGAGAUCUACAGUCUCCUGUCUAUGGAUCCCCCACCGCCGGUUGCCAUGAGCAACACCUACACAACCGUUACCAUGACAGCAGUUGGUGAGAAGGAGACUGAAGUCAAGUUCGAGUGCACCUUUGACGUCAGCGUGUCGUUUGCGGUGUCCCGUAUCCAAGACAACCAGAAGGGCGCCUACAUGGCGUGCAUCACCGGGCUGCAGCAGCUCUUCCACUCCGAGGUCGGGACGCUAGAGGUCGUUGUUGCAAAGGCAGCUGAUCUGGCACGGACUGACGGCUGGUUCGAUGCUGACCCAUACGUCGUGCUCGCUGUGAAUGACGGGAAGCCGGUCACCACCAAGAUUUGCAGUUCUACCCAGAAUCCCAUCUGGGACCAGCGGUUUCAGCUGUCGGUGACGUCACGUACCAGAAACAUCAUCUUCACCGUCAUGGACCGGGACACGGUCGGACAGGAUGACAUCAUGGGGACAGCUAACGUCAACCUGGACGAGCUGACGUCAGGCCAGGAGAAGAGGAUGACUCUGGACGUGCAGGGAGGAGGAACGCUGGACGUCAGGCUGUACCUGAAGAUGCACGACCAGCCCAAGGACUCGGAGGAGGGGGAGAAACUCAUCACGUCCCUCGCCAUCCCGUUCCUGGCUCCCGUCGCUCAGAGCGAACUGGACGCCAUCAGGAACGAGUUCACCCACCUCAUUACGUCCUUCCUUGGCCCAGGCCAGAAGUAUGAGUAUGAAUACAUGAAGCGCCUGCGAACUCACCCCGACGUGCCUCUGGAGGAGUACCCGGCCGCCUGCGUUCCCAUGCCGACUGGCGAGAUGUUCACUCCGCAGAAAGCUGGACGGCUCAUGGAGCGUCUCAUGCAGUUCAUCGCAUCCCAGGGUCAGAUCAUGGUUCGCCUGGCCCAGGCAAAGGGUAUCUGGGAUCCGUGGAAGGCAAACUUCAGCGGCUACCUUCCCUCCAACGAGAAGCUGAUUGAAGAAUGGCAGAAUGACGAGGAGUUUUGCCGCCAGUAUCUGCAGGGCAUCAACCCCAUGCUGGUGACCGUGUGUAAGGACCAGAGCCGGAUCCCAGCAGAAAUGCUCGGACUGAAAGGACAAGGCAAGACCACGCUGGAACUCCUGGCCGAGAACAGGCUCUUCAUCGUGGACUACGCGCCCAUGCUCGGUGUCCCCGCUACUCCGGGCAAGUUCUUCUACGCGCCGAUCGUGCUGAUGUACAAGGAGGAGUUGGCUGGCGGCAAGUCUCGUCUGAACAUGUUGGGCAUCCAGCUUACCAGAGAUAAAGGUAUAAACGAAGUGUACUCCCCUGAAAGUGCGAAGACCCAUCCCAACAAGUACAUGUUCGCCAAAAUGCACGUUCAGUCUGCUGACAACAACGUGCACCAGUUCCUGUACCAUCUGGGCUACACCCAUCUUGGUAUGGAGCCGCUGGUGGUCGCCAUGCACACCCACCUGCCCCCGGACCACCCCGUCCAUCGCCUGCUGCUGCCGCACUUCAAAGACACCAUCGGCAUCAACUACCUGGCGCGCCACUCGCUCGUCUCCCGCAUCUUCCCCAUCACCGACCCGAUGUUCGCCACUUCCACCGUGGGAGGGCUCGUCAUGUUCCUCAACGAGUGGCGCAAGUACAACUUCAUGGACAUGGCUUUCCCCGAAGAGCUGAAACGCCGUGGUUUUGAUGAGGCCGGGACUGACGGACUGGAGAACUACCUGUACCGCGAUGACGGCUUCAAACUGUGGAACGUCUACAAGACUUACGUGACCGGGAUGGUCAACCAUGCUUACGCCUCUGACCGGGCUGUGCAAGCUGAUAAAGCCCUUCAGGAAUUCUGCAAGAUGACCGAAGGUCCUGGACAGCUGCACGGAUUUCCAGCCAAGAUUUCCACCAAGCAGCUGCUGAUCGACUGCCUGACUAACAUCAUCUUCAACGUGAGCGCACAGCACUCCGCCAUCAACUUCCCGCAGUACGACUACUACUCCUUCGUGCCUAACAGGCCGGCCCAGCUGUCGAUCCCAAUGCCUGACGGACCGAACGACAUGACGGAGUCCGCUGUCCGCGAGGCCCUGCCUCCUCCGCAGAACACGACUCUGCAGGUUCUCCUGUCCUACAUGCUGUCCAUGCCGUCCCAGACUGCCAUCACUGGGGUGGAGGCCAUGAAGGAGGUGUACCCUGAGGUCCAUGAGAAGUUCCACACACAGCUUCUGAACCUCUCCAAGAAGAUCAAGGCUCGUAACGACGGCCUGAAGGCGGAGGGGAAGGUCGCCUACACCUACCUGGACCCGGAAAACGUCGCUAUGAGCAUCGACAUCUAAAGAGCUCCUGACCAGAAUUUCGUACAUCAACCUCCGAGGUGUCAAUGGGUGGCUGUGCGCUGCAACAUGACGCAAAGCAAUAAUAAUAAUGGUUUAUUCAGCACUUUUUCCCUAGGAAUUGCGUCCUGAAUUUCACACACGAUUGUUUAUACAGAAUUACGUACCAAGCGGCAAAACCAUUGCCGUUGUCAUUUCUGACAAAAUUAAAAGUUAAAAGCUCAUUAAAACACCAGAAUUACAUAAUGAAUAAUAGGGUCGUAAACAGCGAUCUAUUGCCACACCAUGAUAACGUGAGACAUGUCUGAAGUCAGUGAUUGUGCCUUAACGCCAAAACAAAAGAAAAUUGACCUUCCACGGAAGGUAGAAAACCACGGCAAGCGUUAGUGGUAGGAGGCUUUCUUAGAAAUUAAUAUACAUUAUACUCGUAUACACGAGAAAUCAAUAAUCCGUGCACAUUGGAUACAUGUAGUCAAUAUCGGUCAACAUUACAAAACUACAAUUAUGAUGCACAGAAAUUAACACUGUAAUUGGACUUGUUCAGCUACAUAACCCAAAAGCUUCAAGCAAUGUUUGUUAUUAGUUAUAGGUAGACUACAAGGGGCCUUUGAUACAUGUUCGAUGCGUAAAAGCUGUUGCCAGCUUGUAGUGGAAUAAUUUUGUUUUUACAUUAAGAAAUGGACUUCUUGCUUUGUUUGCUUGGUGAUCAAUAAACUGGUGAAUGGAAA